AUGGAGGAGCGGGCGUGCUCUGAAGCACAAACUGAUCUAGGUGCUUACUAUAAGGUUGCCAUGAAAACCUUUGUCGAUAAUAUCUGCCGCCAAGUUGUUGAGAGGCAUAUUAUUAAUAAACUCCCGGAUGUAUUCAGCCCGGUGACUGCCCAGCUUCUGGACGGCACCCCGUACAUUACAGGGUAUAUCGAGAAGUUUCAGAAUCCUCCGCUAAGCGAUCUCUUCGGUCUGGAUAUCGUCACGGAGUGGGGAAGAUUGGUAAAUCUGUGUCGCGAUUACAAUAAUCAGCAUCUAGAGGCCAUGUUCACAUUGGGUACAAUCGCAUUCGCAGACAAUGCGAACAUGAGCCUUUUGCGAAGAAUGGCUGCGAUCUGCAUCUUGAAAGACGCUAAGGACCUGAAACUGCCACUCCAUACAGGAUAUUCUGGGUUCCAAUUGAAUGACAAACCCACACAAGAAUCUCUAGGAACGUUAAUGGACCGCUAUCCUGAAAUAUUGAAUGAUGGUGCAAGCUUCGACAGGGCUUAUAAUUUUGUGACAGAAUCUGAAGAUCUUUGCAGGGAUGAGUGCCACGCUCUCGCGAAGAAGCUUCUACAGCAGUGGCCGUGUCCAAACCCUUCCAACAGCAACCAAACAGCAACGCACAUUGAUGUCAAUAAGGUCCUCGGCAUGGUUCAAGAGGAGUGGCUCCGGCUCUUCAAGAAUUUUGAAUUUGCACAGACUCUUCUGGACUUCCAAAAGUCCUUAACCAAUAUCAGGGUAGAUCUAAUCCGAUGA